AUGGACGACUCGGGCGGGAUUCGGAAUCUCAAAUGUGUGCUGGUUGGGGACUCGUUGGUGGGGAAAACGAAUCUGAUCGUCAGUUACACGACAGGGCGAUACCCAUCCGAGUAUAAGCCCACGAAUUUCGACACCUACUCGGUUGUUGUUCGAGUGGAUCGGAAACCGAUUCGACUUCAAUUAUGCGACACAGCUGGACAGCGACACUGUGCCCUUCGUCCACUCUGUUAUCCAGGCGUCGACGUGAUGCUUCUCGUUUACAGCACUGUGGAUCCGUGUUCAUUUGAGGCGAUUGUCGACUAUUGGCUACCAGAAGUCACCCGAUCCCAGCCUACAGUACCAGUGGUACUCGUCGGCACGCAGACCGAUCGACGAAGCGAUCCAUCGAUCGUGGCCUCACUGGCGAGAACUGGAGCGCAUCCAAUCACCACCACCCGGGGCAAAGAGUUGGCCCAGAAAAUGCACUGCGAGUUCGCCGAGUGCUCAGCCCUCACGCAGCACAACAUCAAGCAGGUCUUCGAUGCGGCCAUUUUGUGUGCUCUUGAAGGGAAGAAACCCCCACGAGUCCCCUCAAAGGGAAACUCGGCCACCGCUCAUGCAACUCGCCUCAAACAGGGAUUUCAACGCUUCAUUAACCUCACCAAGAAAAUCAUC